CCUUCCAGCCACGCCGUAGGUCGCGAGGCACGCUGGGCCUCGGCAAUAUGGCGUCCUCCUUGAUGUGCUGAUGAGAGGAGUUUCACUGUGGUUUCAAACCAGAGGGCAAAACUCCCCAAACCCAAGAAGUCCACGUAACCCAUUUCCUCCGCGGCUCCGUGUUGCCCGUUUCUCAGGACUCGUUCUCAGGCAGGAGAGAGCCACGGGGCCGAAGGCCAGGGCGGGCCGGGCCGCGCGGACCUGGGGCUGAGGAGCCGGCUGCGGGCGAGCACGAUGGGCCGGUCCUGGCUCCCGUUGCAGCAGCUCCGGCGAGUGCGGGACCCGCAGGGCUGAGAGUAGCCGGAGGAGACCCGAAGCGCUCGGAACCUUUUCCCCGCGGCCGGAGACAGCCCGGUCGGCGAGCCGGCAUCAGGGGCUGGCGGCCUGCCUGUCCUCGGAUCGGCCGCGGCGUCGGAGGCCUGAAGUCCCCCGCGCCCUUGACAGCCCGCGCGCAGCCCCCCGGGCGCUGACGGGCUCAGAGGCGGGCCGCGGCUCAGCAUCUGGGGCCGCGUGUGUCUGUGCGCUCCCGGGCCGCCCCAUUUCCCACCCGCUCUGCCCAGCCCUUCCGACUUCCCGCGCAGAGUUAGAGCCCGGGGGCUCCGCACACUCUCCAUUCAUUUCUCUUCCUACUCCUUCCCUUUCUGUUUCUUAUUUCGCCCAUUCUGGUACACACUAGUUUUUAAGGCUGGAGGUUCUCGAGCGCUUGCUUCCAAGGACUCCCCCACCUCCUCCCCCCGUAAUGGAGUCCGAGAUGCUGCAGUCGCCUCUUCUGGGCCUGGGGGAGGAAGACGAGGCCGACCUUACGGACUGGAACUUGCCUUUGGCUUUUAUGAAAAAGAGGCACUGUGAGAAAAUUGAAGGCUCCAAAUCCUUAGCUCAGAGCUGGAGGAUGAAGGAUCGGAUGAAGACUGUCAGUGUCGCCUUAGUCUUGUGCCUGAAUGUCGGCGUGGACCCUCCAGAUGUGGUGAAGACCACCCCCUGCGCGCGUUUAGAAUGCUGGAUUGAUCCUCUGUCCAUGGGUCCUCAGAAAGCGCUGGAAACCAUCGGUGCAAAUUUACAGAAGCAGUAUGAGAACUGGCAGCCACGGGCCCGGUACAAGCAGAGCCUCGAUCCCACUGUGGACGAGGUGAAGAAGCUUUGCACGUCUUUGCGCCGGAAUGCCAAGGAGGAGCGGGUUCUCUUCCACUACAACGGCCACGGGGUGCCCAGGCCCACGGUGAAUGGGGAGAUCUGGGUCUUCAACAAGAACUACACGCAGUACAUCCCCCUGUCUAUCUAUGACCUGCAGACCUGGAUGGGCAGCCCGUCCAUAUUUGUCUACGACUGCUCCAACGCUGGCCUUAUCGUCAAGUCCUUCAAGCAGUUUGCCCUCCAGAGGGAGCAGGAGCUGGAGGUCGCUGCGAUCAACCCGAACCAUCCCCUCGCCCAGAUGCCUCUGCCCCCGUCCAUGAAGAACUGCAUCCAGCUGGCGGCCUGCGAGGCCAGCGAGCUCCUGCCCAUGAUGCCCGACCUCCCGGCCGACCUGUUCACGGCCUGCCUCACCACCCCCAUCAAAACCGCCCUGCGCUGGUUUUGCAUGCAGAAAUGCGUUAGUCUGGUGCCUGGAGUCACACUGGAUUUGAUAGAAAAGAUUCCCGGCCGGCUGAACGACAGGAGGACUCCUCUGGGCGAGCUGAACUGGAUCUUCACGGCGAUCACAGACACCAUCGCGUGGAACGUGCUCCCUCGGGAUCUCUUCCAAAAGCUCUUCAGACAGGACCUGCUGGUGGCUAGUCUGUUUCGAAAUUUCCUAUUGGCAGAAAGGAUCAUGAGGUCGUAUAACUGCACGCCUGUCAGCAGCCCACGCCUACCCCCCACAUACAUGCAUGCAAUGUGGCAGGCCUGGGACCUUGCCGUGGACAUCUGUCUGUCUCAGCUGCCUACGAUCAUCGAGGAAGGCACUGCAUUUCGGCACAGCCCAUUCUUCGCUGAGCAGCUGACUGCCUUCCAGGUAUGGCUCACAAUGGGCGUGGAGAACAGAAACCCCCCUGAGCAGCUUCCCAUUGUUCUGCAGGUGCUGUUGAGCCAGGUGCACCGGCUGAGAGCCCUGGAUCUGCUGGGAAGAUUUUUGGACCUGGGCCCCUGGGCGGUGAGCCUGGCCUUGUCUGUGGGCAUUUUCCCCUACGUGCUGAAACUGCUGCAGAGCUCAGCCCGAGAGCUUCGGCCUCUUCUUGUUUUCAUCUGGGCCAAGAUCCUUGCCGUGGACAGUUCGUGUCAAGCUGACCUGGUGAAGGACAACGGCCACAAGUACUUCCUGUCGGUGUUGGCGGACCCCUACAUGCCGGCCGAGCACAGGACCAUGACGGCGUUCAUCCUCGCUGUGAUCGUCAACGGCUACACCACCGGGCAGGAAGCCUGCCUCCAGGGAAACCUGAUUGCCAUCUGCCUGGAGCAGCUCGAUGACCCCCACCCCUUGCUGCGCCAGUGGGUGGCCAUCUGCUUAGGACGGAUCUGGCAGAACUUUGACUCGGCCCGGUGGUGUGGGGUGAGGGACAGUGCCCACGAGAAGCUCUGCAGCCUCCUGUCCGACCCCAUCCCUGAGGUGCGCUGUGCAGCUGUCUUCGCCCUCGGCACGUUUGUGGGCAACUCUGCGGAGAGGACUGACCAUUCGACCACCAUCGACCACAACGUGGCCAUGAUGCUGGCCCAGCUGAUCAGCGAUGGGAGCCCCGUGGUACGGAAGGAGCUGGUGGUGGCACUGAGUCACCUCGUGGUUCAGUAUGAAAGCAAUUUCUGCACCGUGGCCCUGCAGUUCAUGGAAGAGGAGAAGAACUACCCCUUGCCGUCUCCGGCGACCACAGAGGGCGGGAGCCUGACCCCGGUGCGGGACAGCCCGUGCACCCCCAGACUGCGCUCCGUGAGCUCCUACGGGAACAUCCGGGCCGUCGCCACAGCCAGGAGCUUGAACAAGUCUUUGCAAAAUCUGAGCUUGACUGAAGAAUCUGGCAGCACCGUGGCGUUCUCCCCGGGGAACCUGAGCACCAGCAGCAGUGCCAGCAGUGCCCUGGGCAGCCCGGACAACGAGGAGUACAUCCUGUCCUUUGAGACCAUCGACAAGAUGCGCCGCGUCAGCUCCUACUCGUCGCUCAACUCCCUCAUCGGGGUUUCUUUUAAUAGUGUCUACACUCAAAUCUGGAGAGUCUUACUGCAUCUGGCUGCAGACCCCUACCCGGAUGUUUCCGAUCUGGCCAUGAAAGUGCUCAAUGGCAUUGCCUGCAAGGCCACAUUGAACGCCCGGCCCCAGCGCAUCCUCACCGCGUCCUCACUCACGCAGUCGGCACCCGCCAGCCCCACCAACAAGGGCAUCCACAUUCACCAGGCGGGAGGCUCCCCGCCCACCUGCAGUGCCAGCAGCUCCAGCCUGACCAACGAUGUGGCCAAGCAGCCUGUCAGCCGGGACCUGCCUGCUGGCCGGCCUGGCACCACCGGCCCCACGGGAGUGCAGUACACACCCCACUCCCACCAGUUCCCCCGGACACGCAAGAUGUUUGACAAGGGCCCUGACCAGGUACAGACGGGGCCUCCCCAUAGCACCCCACCAUGCCAAACCCAUCUUACACUGAGUCAGACGCUGAGAGCUUUGCUCCUCAGACGUGGGUGCCUCGUAGUCAGGUGGCUCACGUCGCAAUCCCUCCUGCAGUUGCGUCUUCAUGGGUGUCCUGGGCUCCCUUGCACCUCAUCUUCUAGACUCCCUUUACUUGAUGACACCCAUUUCUGGGACUGGGAGAAGGGCGAGAAGCUGGAUUACUUCCACAAUGGGAACCCUCGCUACACCAGGGUCACCGCCAUGGAGUAUCUGAACGGCCAGGACCGCUCGCUUCUGCUCACGGCCACAGAUGAUGGCGCCAUCAGGGUCUGGAAGAAUUUUGCUGAUUUGGAGAAGAAUCCAGAAAUGGUGACUGCUUGGCAGGGGCUCUCAGACAUGCUGCCAACAACUCGAGGAGCCGGGAUGGUGGUGGACUGGGAGCAGGAGACGGGACUCCUCAUGAGCUCGGGGGAUGUGCGGAUCGUCCGGAUCUGGGACACAGACCGGGAGAUGAAAGUGCAGGAUAUCCCCACGGGUGCUGACAGCUGCGUGACCAGCCUGUCCUGUGACUCCCACCGCUCCCUCAUCGUGGCCGGCCUGGGCGAUGGCUCCAUCCGCGUCUACGACAGAAGGAUGGCGCUCAGCGAAUGCCGCGUCAUGACCUACCGGGAGCACACAGCCUGGGUGGUCAAGGCCUACCUCCAGAAGCACCCCGAGGGCCACAUCAUGAGUGUGAGUGUCAAUGGGGAUGUGCGCUUCUUUGACCCUCGCAUGCCCGAGUCUGUGAACGUCCUUCAGAUCGUGAAGGGGCUCACGGCCCUCGACAUCCAUCCCCAGGCCAACCUCAUCGCAUGUGGCUCCAUGAACCAGUUCACGGCCAUCUACAGCGGCAGCGGCGAGCUCGUCAACAGCAUCAAAUACUAUGAUGGCUUCAUGGGCCAGCGGGUCGGCGCCAUCAGCUGCCUGGCCUUCCACCCGCACUGGCCGCACCUGGCCGUGGGGAGCAACGACUACUACAUCUCCGUGUACUCUGUGGAGAAGCGCGUCAGAUAGCGGGCACCCCAGCCCACCGCCACCGUGUACAUAGUGGGCCCGCCACGCUGCCCAGGGCCCGAGGACGCCCCGCCAUCUGUCUGUCUGUCUGCGCUGUCCCGCCCAGGAGCCAGGGCAGGAGCUCCAAGGGUCCCGGGUGUGACAGUUGCUUCUCUGCUGAGACACAGCUUCGGGGCCGGAGGACAUAGUCCCAGUGCCCCUCCCACCCUCUUUUUCUCCUGAGGUCCUUAAAAGGGGGAAACACUCCUUUUAUUUCCCCAGUGAUCCAAGCAUUAGCUCCAUAGAAGCUCCGAGACGGAGCCACCGGGCCACGUGGAGGUGCAGCCGGCUCGUGGGGAAGGAGGCAACUGGGCACCCGUGCCGCCAAACCGCGGCUUGCCCGCCCCCCACGGCACGACUUUGGAUUCGAGCGUCGGCCCCUCUUACCCCAGAUCCACUACCAGCCGGGGCCUGGGGCUUUGGGCAGGUGAGGCUGGCCUGUGGCUGUCUGGCCGCUGCCUGUGGCCACAGGGCUCACUCUCCACAGGGCUCCUCCGCAGCCCCACAGCCUCCCCCGUUCCCGUACAGUGGAGCGCACACUGGUGUGCCCCAUGGCCUCCCCGUCUGUGCUUGCACAUGCGUCACACGUGUGCCAUGUGGAGAGCAGGUGAGCCCGAAAGCACCUGUGGGUAACCUUGGCCAUGUCCAGCCCUGUGCCCCACACACUGUGCAGCUCACGUUUGGGUCUCAUCAUGAGCGACGCAGGAGAGUUCCUGGCGGUGGCUUUAGCGAUGUUGGGCGUCAGUAUGUACCAGUGUGCGGCGGGGGGGGGGGGCCCCGGGAUAGGCCGGCCCCAGGAGGGGCUGCAGAGCGUGCUGAGCCAGCACAGACAGGCCUCUUGGGAAACAAAACACAACCACAAUUAUGAUAUUUUAAAAAGCAUUUUUCAUUUUCCUUGGGAAUCAGGACUAUUCAGGUAACUGAGUGAGCUGCUUACCUGGUUCUCCUGACAACGGGCUGGGCAGAGGGCUGUGGGAGAGCGGACCCCACGCUGCAGGUGGCGCCCCAUCCCAUGCAUGGCCACAGGGGGCGCGGCCUGGCCAACAGGCAGGAAUCUGCAUGGGUAGAUGCACGGGACGUCCGUGCCCCCAGCCAGGAGGACCCUGGGCCAGAUUCCAGCCCCACCGUUCUGGGUGAGCAGGUGGCUGGGGCCAGGAAGGCCACGGAGAGCCUGGCUCCCCCAGCCGCCUGCCGGCCCCGCCCUGCGGGCCGGGCGGACGCCAGAAUCUUCCUGAAGCUGAACCCCACCCAGGCACUAAGAGCGUCCGACCCACACCCAGCUGACUUGCGGAGUGACUCACUCCACGCUCUAAGUUCAUGUGCGAUUCCGUUUGCUUUGAGACCAGCCCGCAACGAGGCUGUGUCUUCACAGAUCCGAUGCGAAGAUCCAAUCAUGAGGUUGACUGAGGCUCGAGAGAGCACGGCCUAAAGAUUCAUUUAUCUCUAUUUAUUUUACAAAAUAAUAAUUGAAAAAGACAAGGCAACACGGGAUUGUGAUGUGAAAGCAGGAACAAUGACAGACGAGCUGUUAAUAAAUUACACAAAUGCGGAGCUGACUGUCCAACAGCUUUGUUUUAGGAACCAGCACAGGCCUCAUGCCCCAUGUGCACAGCAAGGGGCUCCACGCGGGCCCACCUGGUGCGCUUGGCAAGGACAGGCCUCCAUCCUCAGGUGCCACCCCCACCCUGUGACUUAGUUGGUCUGAGAAAAGGCCUUCAACUGGGGGUCAAACCUACACAGCGAAAGAGCCCAGACAGGACUCCCGCUGCUGCUGCUUAAGUGACACGCGCCGCCUCACCUUUGGAGGUCGGACGCGAGCCUCCGUGGGGCCGGCUGUGGGCGUCCCGCCCUGGGUCAGGUCUGCCUCCCCAGCGUCUGCAGCUUCCUGGGGCCCCUUUCCCAUCUGCAAAGGCAGUGCAAGGCUCACUCUGACCCCGGCCUGGGAAGGGGCUGUGUGGCCCACCUGGUGGCCUUCAGGACUGUGUGUCCUGAGCAGGACUCCUACCUUCCUGCUGCACAGUCCCUCCCGCCGUUUCUGAAAGGGCUUGUUUCGUGGCGGGACUCUGCAGCCCUGGGCCCCACCAACUUCAUGACGCUUCCCGAAGAGGGUGGGAAUGUUUCCGAAGACACUGGCCGGGGGAGAUGAGGGCCCUGGAUCAUUCC